GCACCGCCGUGGCGUCGACUAAUCAGAGCGCAGCAAUACGGGACGACUUCCAGUUGGUGCGUGUUGGCUUCACAGCAAAAGGAUUUUUCUUGCUAGCUGAGGAGUGAACGUGGCCUCCGAGCACCUGCCAGCAACUACUCAUGCAGCGCUGCCUCACCCUGACCUUCGCCCGGCACAGCAGGCUCCUUUUAAGACAUAAGUUUGCAACUGUCCACUGCCAGCAGACAGCAGCUAUGUCAAGCCUUCUCAUCAACCAGCCCAAAUACUCCUGGCUGAAAGAGCUUGGUCUUUCAGAGGACAACCAUGGUGUUUACAAUGGUAGCUGGGUUGGUAGCGGGGAGGUUGUCACAUCCUACUGCCCUGCUAACAAUGAGCCAAUUGCCAGAGUAACCCAGGCUACUCUUGCCGAAUAUGAAGAGACUGUUCAGAAGACAAAGGAAGCUUGGAAAGUCUGGGCAGAUAUUCCUGCUCCAAAAAGAGGGGAGAUUGUCAGGCAGAUUGGUGAUGCCCUUAGAAAGAAAAUCAAGGUCCUUGGAAGUCUGGUGUCUCUAGAAAUGGGCAAAAUCUAUGUUGAGGGAGUGGGUGAGGUUCAGGAAUAUGUUGAUAUCUGUGAUUAUGCUGUAGGUCUGUCUAGGAUGAUCGGUGGGCCCAUCCUCCCCUCAGAACGACCAGGUCAUGCUCUCAUUGAACAGUGGAACCCAGUUGGUCUUGUUGGCGUCAUCACAGCCUUUAAUUUCCCCGUGGCUGUUUAUGGAUGGAACAACGCCCUUGCGCUCACCUGUGGCAAUGUGUGCCUCUGGAAAGGUGCUCCGACUACACCUCUUACAAGUGUCGCAGUCACUAAGAUUGUAGCUGAGGUGCUGGAAGCAAACAACCUACCAGGUGCCAUCUGCUCCAUGACCUGUGGAGGAGCAGAUAUUGGUACAGCCAUGGCGAAGGACGAACGCGUGGAUUUGCUGUCUUUCACUGGUAGUACCCAUGUUGGCAAGAUGGUGGGCAUGAUGGUGCAGGAGCGGUUUGGGCGCAAACUACUGGAGCUCGGCGGAAACAAUGCUAUUAUUGUGUUUGAGGAUGCAGAUCUAAACCUUGUGGUGCCCUCUGCUGUCUUUGCGUCAGUGGGUACAGCUGGGCAGCGCUGUACCACCACCAGGAGGCUGAUUCUACAUGAGAGCGUUCAUGACACAGUGGUGGAAAGGGUCGCCAAGGCCUACAAACAAGUCCGCAUUGGAGAUCCCUGGGAUCCCAGCACCCUCUAUGGGCCCCUCCACACCAAACAAGCUGUUGAGCAGUACCAGUCGGCCAUUGAGCAAGCCAAACAACAAGGUGGUACAGUGGUGUGUGGUGGAAAGAAGAUGGACCGACCUGGAAACUACGUGGAGCCCACUAUCAUUACUGGGCUGGCUCAUGACGCACCCAUUGUCCACACAGAGACAUUCGUCCCCAUCCUGUAUGUCCUCAAGUUCAAGACUGAAGAGGAAGCAUUCGCCUUGAAUAAUGAGGUGAAGCAGGGUCUUUCCAGCAGCAUCUUCACCAAAGACAUGGGCCGGGUUUUCCGUUGGCUCGGACCCAAAGGAUCCGACUGCGGCAUUGUAAAUGUCAACAUUCCCACAAGUGGAGCUGAAAUUGGAGGAGCCUUCGGUGGAGAAAAACACACAGGAGGUGGAAGAGAGUCCGGCAGUGACUCAUGGAAGCAGUACAUGAGGCGUUCAACGUGCACAAUCAACUACAGCAAGGAUCUUCCUCUGGCUCAGGGAAUCAAGUUUGAGUGAAGCGUAGAGUGAAGUGUGCUUAAGAAUAAUUGUUACUUAGAACAACACUAAAUGGUAGCAGGUCAAGGUCAAAUUUGUUAAAAAUGUUAAAGAGUGUUAAAAACGGAUUGAAAGUCCAUUACUGUUCCCCUCUAAUACUGUUGGCACUUUUCCUCAUGUGGCUUUAAAUGUUUAAAAUUAAAGUUUGUUAAAACUAAUAAAUACAUUUUUAUUUUGUCAAAAAUAAAUAAAAAUGACAAAAACAAAACGGUGUUGGAAUAAUCCAUCUGUCAUGUGAGUUUUUAUGAUGCAAAGUCACAAGUUUUGAAUAAAUCAUUUUAAUAAAGAAAACAGUGACAGUUUAACUGUUUAAGAUCUGUAUAAUCUCAAGUCUGAAAUCAUAAAAAAUAACAACUGUAUGUUUAUGAGUGCGGCUGAUUUUGUGCAUCUACAAAAAUGAUUAACAUCUUUUCUGUCUGCUUUGCAUCUUAAGUGCCUUUGAGAUAUUUGACUUGCUUGUAAAAAAGAACAAACAAUAAAGGCAUCCUGGAGACAAAGA